UGGCUGCGCCCCAUCUCCAGGAGUGCCCUGAGCACCCGUUCCAGUGCCUGGACUGUGGCAAGAGCUUCAAGUGGUCUUCAAGGCUGGCCCACCACCAGCGCAGCCACAACAACGAGAGACCCUACCGCUGUAACCUCUGCCCCAAGGCCUUCAAGGGCUCCUCCGCACUCCUGUACCACCAGAGGUCUCAUUCAGGGGGAGAAGCCCUAUAAGUGUGAUGACUGUGACAAAGCCUUCAAACGUUCCUCUCUGCUCCAGGUCCAUCGUAGCGUCCACACAGGCCUGCGGACCUUCCAGUGCCCCUACUGCCCGCUCACCUUCAAGUGGAGCUCCCACUACCAGUACCACCUGCGCCAGCACACGGGCGAGUGCCCCUACCCCUGCGACAGCUGCCCCAAGGCCUUCAAGAACUCCAGCAGCCUGCGCCGACACAAGAACGUUCACCUGGGUCUGAAACCCUACGUGUGCACCGUGUGUACCAAGGCCUUCACCCAGUCCACCAACCUCAGACAACACAUGAGAAUCCACACAGGAGAGAGGCCCUACAUCUGUGGAGAGUGUGGACGCAGUUUCACACACUCGUCCAAUCUGGCCCUGCACCGGAAUUCUCAAAGUCACACUGGUGAAGGAAAGGGGGGGGAGACAGGGGGAGACAACAUGGGGGAUGAGAUACAGGAAGUGAUAGUGGGGGAGGACAUGACAUCACAAAUGUUGACGGACAUGGGCUUUGCGAGCCAGGAGGCCACGGUGGGGGUGGGGGUCGGGGAGGUGUUCCUAUCGUCAGGUCACCAGAAUCUCCUGCCCCAUCUCACCCUCACCCCCACCCAGGGGGGGCGUGUGCACAUCCAGGGCCAUCGGGACAGAAGUGCACAUGAGCACGGAGUCGGGCGCCAGCGUGCUGCUGUACAGCUGUGGCAGCUGGGGGUGGGGCAUCUGCUGGCUGACUUUGAGGAGGUGGUGGAGACGACGGCAGCAGAGAACGGACACACUACUGCUGAACUACUGGGACUGACCGGGGGAGUGGACGGAGGGAAUAUGGGGACUACCCAGGCCCAGUUUGACCUGCUGCAGAGCUUCACAGUGGGGGCUCAGAUCCCCACAGACAGCGUGGAGACAGGGGGUAACACCACAGGUCCAGGGAUGGGCACAGAGUGCGCCUACUGCGGGAAGAGCUUCAAGACCAGCGGAGGGCUCAAUAGACACCUGGCACAGGUCCACUCCCUCUCUCCCUCUCAGUCUCGCUCCCAGUUCAGCUGCUCUGCAUGCGACCGCUCCUUCACCCUCCUCUCUUCCCUGCUCACCCACCAGCACUCCCACACCCCUGAGCAGCGCCUCCUGGCCGAGGCUGAGGCGGAGAUCGUCUGCCCCGCAUCCCUGUCCCUUUCCCUGCCCCUGCCCUCCUCCCCCAGCCAGGGGGACCAGCACCAGGACACCCAGGGGGACAUCCACGUCCGCCUGAUGGCUGUGACCGAGGAGGGGGACAGGGAGGUGGUGAAGGCAUCCAGCAGAGCAGUGGUCAAGGGCCAGAGGAGAGGAGCAGCUAGUAAGACCGCUGGGGGGAACAAUGAGAGGCCGUACCGUUGCUCUGAGUGUGGGAAGGCCUUCAAGGGCUCGUCAGGUCUGAGGUACCACAUGAGGGACCACACAGGAGAGAGACCCUACCGCUGCACAGAGUGUGGCAAGAGCUUCAAGAGGUCCUCACUGCUCUCCAUACACCAGAGGGUGCAUACAGGUGUGCGAGCGUUCCAGUGCCCCUACUGCCAGCUCACCUUCAAGUGGAGCUCCCACUACCAGUACCACCUGCGCCAGCACACGGGCGAGCGGCCCUACGUGUGUCAGGAGUGUGGCAAGUCCUUCAAAAACAGCAGCUGUCUGAGGAGACACAGUCAGCUCCACUCUGGCCUGCGCCCUCACAUCUGUCCCAUCUGCUCCAAGUCCUUCUCACAGACCUCCAACCUCAAACAGCACGAACGCACCCACUCAGGCGAGCGGCCCUUCCAGUGUGCCCAGUGUCACAAGAGCUUCACCCACUCCUCCAAUCUCCAGCUCCACCUGAGAACCCACUCCUCCAGGAAGGACUACAAGUGUCCCUUCUGUGGGAAGGAGUUUGUCAUGCAGUCCUACUUGCAGAGGCACAUGAGGACCCAUGGGAACGGGGCUUUGGCCGGGGACGCUGGGGUGGGGGGGAAGGAGGGAGGCAGGGCAGGUAAAGGGGGUGGAGGGGUGACAACCACCACCACCUUACUAAACCCCAUCACCCUAGAGACCACAGGGAACUCUGGGUCUCUGAUCGUGUCUCAGCCUGCGUGGACAUUCCCCCCCAACACCUCCCAGAACUACUUCAUGAUCCAGACAGCAAAUGGGCUUCAGCUCAUCCCCCUGUCUGCCCCCACCCCCCCUCCUCCCCCUCCGCCUCCCCCCCCCAGACACAGUACAUCCUCCUACAGUGCCCCUCCACCAAUGGGACCCAGCCCAGCCUGAU